AUGACUUAAUUGAAGAAAGCUUAUUUAAAUUGGAGAAAAGGAGAAAAGACUAUUUUUAUUCCUGCUGCUUACCUUUUUAUUUGCUCCAAAUAAAUAUUAAAGAAAGUAGCCACAAAAUUUACUUUUUGUUACUAACAAAAAUUCACUUUACUAAUCAAAAAAUUUUAUGGAGAUUUGCUUUCUAGAUUUAUAGAAUUCUAUUAGAUUAAUUUGUUUUAAUUUCUAAACAAUUUAAUACUAAAAUUACGUUCAGCUCGUUAUUCAUUAUUUAAUUCUUUAUUUAUUUUUUAAUUUAGUUAGUUUGUUAGUUAGAUUUAUUAUUAUUAAUCUGCAGUAACUCGCGCAAUUUCGAAAUAUAUUUAAGAAAUUUUAAUGAGUCUUUCACUCAAGCAGUUAAGGGACGUUGAUAUUAAUAUUCUCACUAAAAAAGAAAUAGAUAAAUGUUAAGAAGCAUUUACAGCCUUUGAUAAAAAUGGCUCCAAAUUCAUUGAAAAGGAGGAGCUUAAAAAAGUUCUUGAAGAAAUGGGACAAUCUCCCCAAGAGGAAGAGCUGAUCAAGAUGAUAAAUGAAGUCGAUUAAACAGGAAAAGGAGCCAUUUCAUUUGAUGAUUUCCUAACAGUUAUAGCAUACUACAAAUAAUUGCAGUAAAACAGUGAUGAGGAAGAUAUAAUUUUGGCUUUUGUAGCUCUUGGAGGAAACGAAGACAAAACAGGUAGUAUAGACAGAAAACUUCUUUAAGAAGUCAUUUCUUCAGAUUUUAGCUUAACAAUUGAUUUAAAUAGACUAGUUAAAGAAUUAUCACCAGCUACUACUGAAGUCAAAUAUGAAGAUUUCAAAAAUCUUCUUUCUAAUUGA